GACCCGGGUCGCCCCGCCCGGCCCGGCUCCUCACCCACCUCAGCCGCGACUGUCUUCGCCGAGCCCUCGGGGCCAGGUGUACCCGGCGCGCCACGAUGCGGCUGCGGCUGUGGCUCCUCCUGGCCGCGCAGCUGGCAGUUCUCCGUGGCAGCUCAGUCCUCCAGCAGACCCCUGCAUACAUAAAGGUGCAAACCAACAAAAUGGCGAUGCUGUCCUGCGAGGCUAAAAUCUCCCUCAGUAACAUGCGCAUCUACUGGCUGAGACAGCGCCAGGCCCCGAGCAGUGACAGUCACCACGAGUUCCUGGCCCUCUGGGAUUCCACAAAAGGGACUGUCCAUGGUGAAGAGGUGGAACAGGAGAAGAUAGCUGUGUUUCGGGAUGCAAGCCGGUUCAUUCUCAAUCUCACAAGCGUGAAGCCAGAAGACAGUGGCAUCUACUUCUGCAUGGUCAUUGGGAGCCCCGAGCUGACCUUCGGAAAGGGAACUCAGCUGAGUGUGGUUGAUUUCCUUCCCACCACUGCCCAGCCCACCAAGAAGUCCACCCCCAAGAAGAGAGUGUGCCGGUUACCCAGGCCAGCGACCCAGAAAGGCCCACUUUGUAGCCCCAUCACCCUCGGCCUGCUGGUGGCUGGCGUUCUGGUUCUGCUGGUUUCCCUGGGAGUGGCCAUCCACCUGUACUGCCGGCAGAGGAGAGCCCGGCUUCGUUUCAUCAAACAGCCUCAAGGGGAAGGUAUUUCAGGAAUCCUUGUCCCCCGAUGCCUGCACGGAAACUACAGCAAUACUGCAACCUUACAGAAGCUGCUUAGCCCAUGGAUCCUGAAAACGAUAGGCAAGAAGCACAGGUCCCGAUGAGUGGAUCUUUACCACUUUUACCAGAUUCCUCCCUCCUGCAGAGGGAUCAUCCCACACACCCAGCAAGAGACUUCUCUGCCACCAUCAACCCCCCAAGUCAUAGGGGGCUCAAGUUCUGCCCUGGUGAGCUGUAGUCCCCAUCCUUGUGAACCCCCAAAGUGUCCACUUUGUGGAACUAAAUGUAUCCAUCUUGAAUAAAUUUGCCCAAAAUCCUAAA